AUGCCGUCUGCCGCUCGCUCAAUUCUCUUCGCGCUCGCCGUUCUCGGCCUUGCCGGCCGCUACGAUUCGUCUGGAACGACAUCCAUGGUCAUGGCAGCUCCUAUCGCUCAGCCCAGCUUUCCUGUCGCUGACUACUCGCACAACGUCGGCCCGGCAUCUACCCCAGGCAAGAGCAUGCGCGUCAAGCACCACGAAUCGUCUGAGCUCUCUCGCUACGCCUCAUCUCGCUCUGCCGCGGCUCAGGCUACUAGCGCUGCUUCGGGAUCCUCUCUCCAGCCUCGCGCUGAUCAGUACACGCUGUUGGCCCAGCGCUACCAAAGCGCUCGCAAGAACGCGGCUACGUACAAGCGUCUCUCCGCGCAAUCGUACUCGCCUAGCGCUGCCCAGGACGCAGACUUCCAGCAGAAGUGCGCGACUGCCCUCAACGACUUCCAGCUCGAUGUGCUCGGCAUCAAGGAGAUACUGCAGACCGCAGGCGCUGACAGGGGCCUCGCCUUCUACGAUCGUACCAACGACAUUGAGACGCUGAUGAAGAAUGUGGUCAACCUUCACAAGGAUGUCCUCAAGGCGACGACCAUUCUGGUCGACAAUCUCCCUAUCCUUGGUCCCAUCCUUGGCCCUAUUGUCUACCAGAUCAAGUGCCUUCUCGAGCUCACGCUGGACGCGAUCGAGAACCUCACUGACGCCCUCAUCAACGCCCUUGACCCCCUUAUGCGGUCGCUGCUGCCGAUGUUCGUCGGCGCACCGGACUGCCCCAACGGCAUUUCGGUAUUGGGCGUGUGCAUGUAG